AUGGGUGAUCUUGAAAAUGAUGUGGAAGUUCCUCCAUUUUUCGUAUGUCCAAUCUCUUUAGAGAUCAUGAAAGAUCCUGUAACUCUUCCUACAGGGAUCACAUAUGAUCGAGAUAGCAUCGAGAAAUGGUUGUUUGCUAAGAAAAAUAACACCUGUCCAGUAACCAAAAAUGUCGUUUUAGAUGCAGACCUUACCCCUAACCACACCCUUCGUCGAUUGAUCCAAUCUUGGUGCACCCUUAAUCCAUUAUCGGGUGUUGAAAGAGUCCCCACGCCUCGUCUUCCGAUCACCAAACCCCAGAUCCUUAAACUUCUGAAAGAUUUGAAGUAUCCCAAUUUGCAGAUGAAGACUUUGAAGAGAUUGAAAUUGAUUGUUUUGGAGAAUGAAACGAAUAAGAGGUCAAUGGAGGCAGUUGGAGCAGUUGAUUACCUAGUUAAUGUAAUAAACGACCAGAAUAACUUAACGUCAUCUUCGCCGGCGGGAGAAUACUCCGACGACGACGUUGAACGUUUCGGUUUGGCGACGCCGGCGGAUGAAGCGUUAGCUGUUCUAUAUCACAUGCAUCUAUCCCAAAAUGGACUUCAGGGUUUGUUCGCCAAGGGUGGUGAUUUCGUUGAUACGUUAACGCGCGUGAUGCAAUGCGCCACCGCCAACUAUGAGUCACGGACAUUCGCCGUCUUGUUGCUGAAGUCGAUGUUCGACGCCGCGCAGCACAUGCCGGUGAGGACGUCGUCUUUGAAGCCAGAAUUCUUCACGGAGUUAGUGAACAUCUUGGUCGAUCAGAUUUCCCAAAAAGCCACCAAAGCGACAUUGAAGUUACUCAUCAACGUCUGUCUAUGGGGGCGGAAUAGGAUAAGAGCGGCGGAGGCUGCAGCGGUUCCAGCGUUAAUCGACAUCUUACUAGAUUCCACCGAUAAGAGGGUUUCCGAGAUGGUGUUAUUGGCAUUAGAUCUUCUUUGUCAGUGUGCUGAAGGCCGAUCGGAGCUGUUGAAACAUGGGGCAGGUUUAGCGGUGGUUUCAAAAAGGAUCUUUCGCAUUUCGCCGGUGGCCAGUGAUAGGGCGGUGAGGAUAUUGCAUUCGGUAGCGAAGUUUUCCGGCAACACCAGUGUGGUGGUGGAGAUGUUGCAGUUAGGGGUGGUGGGGAAGUUGUGUUUGGUGUUGCAAGUAGAUUGUGGGAGCAAGAUGAAGGAGAAAGCUAUGGAGAUUUUGAAGAUGCAUGCUAGGGUUUGGAAUAAUUCUCCUUGCAUACCCCAUAACUUAAUUUCUUCAUAUCCAUCAUAA